AGGGUCCUUUGCUCCUCUCGGCUCUGGGUCUCUGCCUCUCCCCUUGGCACUGCAUGUUUUUCCCUCUUCGUUCUGCUAGGAUUUGACUCCUGCGCCGGCUUCCCUGCCUCAGCCUACCCUCUGCUUGGAAGACUCCAGGGAAACUUUGGCUGGGGAGGACCCAGGGCUUUUCCCGUAGCCAGAUUUGAGGAAGGUUUUGGUGGCUCAAAUUUGGGAGGAGUCCGUGGGGUCAACAGGACUUCAGAGAGAGGUAACUGGGCAGGGCGGGGGCCUCAGGUUUGCACUUAGGGAGCAGCACAGGGGUGAUGACUGCACACACCCCUCACUGCAACCUUAAAACCCCAGACCUACCUGUAGGAUUGGUGUCACACACACAAACCGCAUGCUCGGAGGGACCGGGCAGGUCUUAGAUGCUUGGGUUCUUUUUUAGCUUUCCUGGGAAAGCACCGGGUACAUCAGCUUUUGAGGACCCCAGUCGGGGAACUGUACAGGGCCAGCUUUUGAGGGCAUCUUUUUGGGUGGGAUUCUCAGUAUGGAUGUCUGUACCAGUCAGAGAUUCUGGAGGGGAUCUUCUCCUCCUGGGGUGUCCUGAGGUUGACCCAGGGAGGGGUACCACGAGUUCCCGAGGGAUGGGAAUCUCAGGGUGGUUUGGCCAGGUAGCAGUAGCAUGAUGGGUAUUAAGGGCGUCUUGUGCUUGGAAAAGAGCCCUGUGCCUCACAUCUAUAUAUCUUCCUUCACUCACGGGGCUGGAAGGGUGUCGAGAGAUCAGCUACAUGAGGGUUACAUGUUAGGGGACACUGGACAUGGAGGGGCAUGGCCAUGAGCCAAUAUCUUAGCCAUCCCAAUUCCCAGCCCCAGAGGAGUGUGAGGACUUCGGGCUCCUCCAGCCUUCCCAAAGGGGUACCAGCUGGCUCCACAAAGCAGGAGGGUGCCCACUGCCCGCUUGAAAGACAUUCUUGCCUCAGCCACAGUCCUGGCUUGGCGGCAGCCCUGUUCCCUCUCAAUGUCCCAGUGUCUCCGCGUCGCUUCCUCUUGCUCCCCAGCUCCAGAGUCCCUGCCAAGAGAUUCCUUAUUCCUUACAUGAGGCUGUGGCCUCAGGGAGACAGGGCACUCGCUGCCUUCGUCAAGAGCUGAAGCAGAGACAGGAAGUGGAAUAUGGGGGUAAAGCUGAGAAAACCUGGAGUGGGGGGGGGUGGUGACUGCAGUCCCCUAAUACUUCUCUUUCUCCCCAUGUGUCUCUUUGAGACUUAUCUUUCCUCUCCAAGUCUCGGACCAUGACCUCUACUCUGAACCCACUCCAGGGGCAGGACCCCUAAUUCUCACCUCACCCAGGUGCGGCGUCCAUCCCAGGCUCUUCUCGUUGCUAUUUAAGAAGUGUCUCCUGUUCCUCUGAGUCCCUGGCACCCCCCAGGAACUCCACAGUGAGCUUGGCCUGGGUCGGGUUGUUAGGCUGCAGUCUGGACCUCUCUCUCCUUCCGUGAAACCAUCUGGGCUCUGCCCUGGGGCCCAGGGCUCUUGGCUGGCCCCUCCACCUCCCAUCCUCUUGAACUCUUCCUGGAACCCCCUUGGUUCUGCUCUCCAGGCCUCCGGGCCUUACCCCAGGGUUUUGCUCUUCCUUCUACACUUUCUCGUCUCUCCCUAAGCAGUGCUUCCCUCUGUCCACAGGAGGAAGCUCACUAUGGCUCCAGUCCCCUGGCCAUGCUGACGGCGGCGUGCAGCAAAUUUGGUGGCACCAGCCCUCUGCGGGACUCAACGACACUGGGCAAAGCAGGCGCAAAGAAGCCAUACUCUGUGGGCAGUGACCUUUCAGCCCCCAAAACCAUGGGGGAUGCCUACCCAGCCCCCUUUUCAAGCACCAAUGGGCUCCUCUCACCUGCAGGCAGUCCUCCGGCACCCACCUCGGGCUAUGCCAAUGACUACCCUCCCUUUUCCCACUCAUUCCCUGGUCCCACGGGCACCCAGGACCCUGGGCUGCUAGUUCCCAAGGGCCACAGCUCUUCUGACUGCCUGCCCAGUGUCUACACCUCUCUGGACAUGGCACACCCCUACGGCUCCUGGUACAAGGCAGGCAUCCACGCAGGCAUCUCACCGGGCCCAGGCAACGCUCCUACUCCUUGGUGGGACAUGCAUCCUGGGGGCAAUUGGCUAGGUGGUGGGCAGGGUCAGGGUGAUGGGCUGCAAGGGACACUGCCCACAGGCCCUGCUCAGCCUCCACUGAACCCCCAGCUGCCCACCUACCCAUCCGACUUUGCCCCCCUUAAUCCAGCUCCCUACCCAGCUCCCCACCUCCUGCAACCAGGGCCCCAGCACGUCUUGCCCCAAGAUGUCUAUAAACCCAAGGCAGUGAGCAACAGCGGGCAGCUGGAGGGGAGCAGUGGGGCCAAACCCCCUCGGGGCGCAGGCACAGGGGGCAGUGGCGGAUACGGAGGCAGCGGAACGGGGCGCUCCUCCUGCGACUGCCCCAACUGCCAGGAGCUAGAGCGCCUGGGGGCAGCGGCAGCUGGGCUGCGGAAGAAGCCCAUCCACAGCUGCCACAUCCCCGGUUGUGGCAAGGUGUACGGCAAGGCCUCACACCUGAAGGCCCACUUGCGCUGGCACACGGGCGAGAGGCCCUUCGUCUGCAACUGGCUCUUCUGCGGCAAGAGGUUCACCCGUUCGGACGAGCUGGAGCGCCACGUGCGCACCCACACCCGGGAGAAGAAGUUCACCUGCCUGCUCUGCUCCAAGCGCUUUACCCGAAGCGACCACCUGAGCAAGCACCAGCGUACCCACGGCGAGCCCGGCCCAGGGCCCCCUCCCAGCGGCCCCAAGGAACUGGGGGAGGGCCGCAGUGCGGGGGAAGAGGAGGCCAGUCAGACGCCCCGACCUUCGGCUUCGCCGGCCCCCCCAGAGAAAGCCCCUGAAGGCAGCCCAGAGCAGAGCAACCUGCUGGAGAUCUGAGCUGGGUGGAGGGUCUCCAGCCCCAGGGCUGCCUCGCCAGCCUCUUCUGGCUUCGUGGACCACUGCUUGCCCCUCACCCUCUUUUGCCCCUUGCAUGCUGCCCUUGGGGCUCUUGCCGGCUCCCCCCUGGCCAUUCUGGGCCUAGGGGUCUCCCAGCAUGCCUCCUCAGCUCACCCCUCCCUAUGCCUCGAGCCUGUAGUGCAAACUCUCAUCUCAGGCCCUCACCUCGUGCCUGAUUUCUGCACUCUGGCUUCCUAAGUUCUUCCCUCGCUCCUGCUCACGGCUUCCCUCUCCUCUGCUCUCACAGCAUCAUCUCAUUUUCCUUCCAUCUGGGCUCUCAACGCUUUAUUUCUCCAUCUCACUAACUCCUUAACAAACAUCCUUUGUCAAGAUCAGCUUCCCAGGCUGAUUUCCCACUAUCCCUUAGCUUCCAGGCUCCAGUCUUCCCAAUUUCUUAUUUCACUAGCUUUCCAUGCUCCAGAGCGUUCUUUUUUGUUUGUUUGUUUUUUGGUUUUUGGUUUUUUUUUUUUUUUUUUACAAACACAUGAUGAUGAUGAUGAUGAUGAUGAUGAUAAUUUAUUGCCCCCUGGUGGCCUCUUUAUUAGGGACCAGAGUUAGGGGGAUUGGGGUUAGUGACCUGGCAGGGAGCAGGGUGCCAAAAGUGGGGCAGACCAGUGGGGAUCUGAUCCCAGAGAUGGGGUGACCCCAGGGUCAGGGAGGCUGCCCCCAGGCCUGUAUAUUUAACCCCUAUGUUCCAAGAGAAAUGAAUACUAAUAAUAAUAAUUCUAUUUAUCUAAGUUAUGAUGACAGGUCAGGUAGAGUGAGCUGGGGAGGGAAGGAGGUCCAUUUCUGCUAUGGAAAUUUUAGCUAAAUGUAUCUCUGUUUAGAAAAAGUGUUAGUGGAGAUCUUGUUAAUAGAAUUUCUAUCAUCAGGGUCUCAGUUAAUGGGGUUUCUCUUUUAAUGGAAUCUCUGCUAAUAGGGUUGGUUAGCUAGAUCUCUGUUAAAGAGUUGAUGGGGGGGGUGUCUCUCAAUUAGGGAUCCCUAGUAUUCCCAGCCCCAGCCAGAAGCUGUGAAACCUCAAGCCCUAUGGAGGGGAGGACUGGAAUGUACCCCAGCUUCCUUGACCCCAGAGCAGGUUCUUCCACUGCCCCUCCCCUGACACCAUGACCCCGGCAGGCUAAUCCCUUGUUGCCAUGGUUAUGGAGAGCUUGCAGCUGCCAUCCUGGACACGCUUUUUUGUGGAAGCCCACCUAACAGGAGGAGCACAAUGGUUUGGAUGUGCCUCUCCUAAAGAAUAGGUGGGGAAGGCUUUCUCUGGGAUCAGAUUCAAGUAAAUCAAGUAUUUAUUGAGUGCCUAUUCUGUACAAGGCACUACUAGGCUGGUGCCUAAAAGCCAUGAGAAAGAAUUUAUAGAGCUAGGAGGACAGAGGUCCCCAAGCAGAUUUGGGGUUGUGUCCACAGGGCCCUCAACCUGGGACUUCCAAUGCUCCCAACUCCACCUCUGGUGACUUUUAAAGCCGCUUCGUGCCUUUGAAUGCCUUUCCUGUGACUUUGGAUCCUCCUUUUCUGUCUCCUGCUUCCUCAAGGCCCCAAGUCAAAGGGUUAAAGCCUCUGGAGCUUGGGGAGAGGGUAAUAUUGGGGAAGGGAAAGGAUCAUGCCCUCAUGGAGUCUUUUUUUUUUUAAUUAUUAUUAUUAUUUAAUA